AUGGCUCUCCUCUAUGUCGCUAGCGGUUUCUCCUGGAGUCAUGUCGCUGGGGUGGUCGUGCUGUACUACGUGCUCCUCGCGUGCUACCGUCUGUGGCUUCACCCGCUCGCUGGCUUCCCAGGGCCCAGGCUGGCAGCAAUCUCGAGAUGGUACGAAGGAUACUACGACCUCGUUCUUGGCGGGAAAUACACGCUGAAGAUUCGAGACUUGCACAAGCGAUAUGGCCCGAUCAUCCGCAUCAGCCCGCACGAGCUGCACGUCAGCGACCCGGCAUUCAAUGACACUAUCUACCGCAUGAAUGGGCGUUGGGACAAGUAUGCGUGGACGUACGAUGCCACUGGAGUCCCCAAGUCCACCGUAUUCACCGUGGACCACGACGCCCACAAAGCCCGCCGGGCCGCCUUGGCGCCCUUAUUUUCCAAGGCCAAGAUUGCCGCGCGUCAAGACCUUAUCCAUAAAAAUGUGGACAGGCUCUGCCAGCGGAUCUCGGAUCUCGGCGCGAAGACUUUCGACCUCGGCGCGGCCAUAAGCGCCUUGGCAAGGGACACAGCGAACGAGUUCGUCUUGGGGAAUGAGUACGGUGAGCUCAACGCGGAAGACUUCAAUGUCGCCCUGUCCAUUGCGGCGCUGGGCGCGGGGGCGAUCUGGCGCACUACCAAGUUCAUCCGCUGGUUUGGUCCGGCGCUGCGGUCGAUACCUCCCGCUUGGGCCAUGAAAAGAGGCGACGAGGGCACCAGGUCCUUCUUCCGCACUCGCCAGCGAUACGAGCGGGACACGCGAGAAGUCCUCGCCGCUGCGACAUCGCCCAACUCCGAGAGCAAGCUCCAGAACACGUUGGUCCAUGCUAUUGUGAAUUCAGAUCUGCCGGCCAGCGAGAAGACUUACCAGCGUGUCUGCGAUGAAGUCACCACUGUGGCUGUAGCCGGGUUCGAAAGUACGGCCAGCGCCUUGAGGCUGAUUCUCUACCACGUGUUCUCCAGCGACACGAUCCUUCAACGGCUCAGGCGCGAACUCGCCUCGGCCGCAGCCGCGGCCGGAUCCUCGGAGCCAAUCCCGCUGAAGACGCUCGAGCAGCUGCCCUAUCUCACAUCCGUGCUCAUGGAAGGCCUGCGCCUGAGUCCCGGCAUCGCGACGCGAACCGCGCGCAUCACAGACAAGGACCUCGUCUACGGCAGCUGGCGUAUCCCCGCCGGCACGCCCGUCGGCAUGACCACGCUGCUGAUGCACACCGACGAGCAGAACUUCCCCGAGCCGAUGCGCUUCGACCCGGACCGCUGGGUGGACCCCCGGGACCGGAGGGCCGCGGAGAAGGCCUACGCUCCCUUCUCGCGGGGAACCAGGAUCUGUCUCGGCAUGCACCUUGCUUGGGCCGAGAUGUAUCUGGUUGUCGCUGCCCUCGUCCAGCGCUUCAAUUUCACCUUCGAGGGGGUCACGGCGGCCGAUUUUGAGUUCCAGGCGGACAACUUUGGCAUCAGCACGAGGGCGGGAUGCCACUUGAUUGCUAAAGCCAGUCCUGCGGAGAUUGGGGUUGUCGACACCGCUUGA